GCCAUGAAGACAACAGGAGUCUUUGUGCUCCUCGCUCUGGCAGUUCUUUGCUUGGCAAAUGCUGACAAAGAGAACGAAGUGGACUGCAGUGAAUACAGGAGGUUAGAGAGAGGAAAACCCAUUUACUGCGAAAGGCUCUAUCAACCCUUCUGCGGCUCUGAUGGAAAAACAUAUAACAACAAAUGUUCUUUCUGCAAAGCAGUCCUGUAA